AUGGGGCGAAGAGCCUGGACUCUGCAGUGCACUGCUUUCACUCUCUUUUGCGCUUGGUGUGCAAUGAACAGUGUAAAAGCGAAGAGGCAGUUUGUGAAUGAAUGGGCGGCGGAGAUCCCCGGGGGACCUGAGGCAGCCUCGGCGAUAGCCCAGGAGCUAGGCUAUGACCUUUUGGGUCAGAUUGGAUCCCUUGAAAAUCACUACUUAUUCAAACACAGAAACCAUCCUCAGAGGUCUCGAAGGAGUGCCCUUCACAUCACUAAGAGAUUGUCCGAUGAUGAUCGUGUGAUAUGGGCAGAACAACAGUAUGAAAAAGAAAGAAGUAAACGUUCAGUUCUAAGAGACUCAGCACUAGAUCUCUUCAACGAUCCGAUGUGGAAUCAGCAGUGGUACUUGCAAGAUACAAGGAUGACUGCAACCCUGCCCAAGCUGGAUCUCCAUGUGAUACCUGUUUGGCAAAAAGGCAUCACAGGCAAAGGCGUUGUUAUCACUGUACUGGAUGAUGGUUUGGAGUGGAACCACACAGACAUCUAUGCCAACUAUGAUCCGGAGGCCAGCUAUGAUUUUAACGAUAAUGACCAUGAUCCAUUUCCCCGAUAUGAUCCCACAAAUGAGAACAAACAUGGGACCAGAUGUGCAGGAGAAAUUGCGAUGCAAGCAAAUAAUCACAAGUGUGGGGUCGGAGUUGCAUACAAUUCCAAAGUUGGAGGCAUAAGAAUGCUAGAUGGCAUAGUGACCGAUGCUAUUGAAGCCAGCUCAAUUGGAUUUAAUCCUGGGCAUGUGGAUAUUUACAGUGCGAGCUGGGGCCCUAAUGAUGAUGGGAAAACUGUGGAGGGGCCUGGCCGACUGGCCCAGAAGGCUUUUGAAUAUGGUGUCAAACAGGGCAGACAAGGAAAGGGCUCUAUCUUCGUCUGGGCCUCUGGGAACGGGGGGCGUCAGGGAGACAACUGUGACUGCGAUGGGUACACGGACAGCAUCUACACCAUCUCCAUCAGCAGUGCCUCGCAGCAAGGCCUAUCCCCCUGGUACGCAGAGAAGUGCUCCUCCACGCUGGCCACCUCGUACAGCAGCGGGGACUACACUGACCAGCGAAUUACAAGCGCUGACCUGCACAACGACUGCACGGAGACCCACACGGGCACCUCAGCCUCUGCACCCCUGGCCGCGGGCAUCUUCGCUCUAGCCCUGGAAGCAAAUCCAACUCUCACCUGGCGAGAUAUGCAGCACCUGGUUGUAUGGACCUCUGAGUAUGACCCGCUGGCCAAUAACCCUGGAUGGAAAAAGAACGGAGCAGGCUUGAUGGUGAACAGUCGAUUUGGAUUCGGGCUGCUAAAUGCCAAAGCUCUGGUGGAUUUGGCUGAUCCCAGCACCUGGAGCAGUGUGCCUGAGAAGAAGGAAUGUGUUGUCAAGGACAAUGACUUUGAGCCCAGAGCCCUGAAAGCUAAUGGAGAAGUCAUCAUAGAAAUUCCAACAAGAGCUUGUGAAGGUCAAGAAAAUGCUAUCAAGUCACUGGAACAUGUGCAAUUUGAAGCAACAAUUGAAUAUUCCCGCAGAGGAGACCUUCAUGUCACCCUCACUUCGGCCGCUGGAACCAGCACCGUACUGUUGGCUGAAAGAGAGCGGGACACGUCUCCCAAUGGCUUUAAGAACUGGGACUUCAUGUCUGUUCACACAUGGGGAGAGAAUCCCAUAGGCACUUGGACUUUGAGAAUUACAGACAUGUCUGGAAGAAUGCAAAACGAAGGAAGAAUCGUGAACUGGAAGCUGAUCCUGCACGGGACCUCUUCCCAGCCAGAGCACAUGAAAGAGCCCCGGGUGUACACGUCCUAUAACACUGUGCAGAACGACCGAAGAGGGGUGGAGAAGGUGGUGGAUCCCAGGGAGGAGCAGCCUACACAAGAGGGCCUGAAUGAGAACGCUCAGGCAUCCCAAAGCCCCAGCAGCAGUAGAGUCGGGGGCAGAAGGGAUGAGUUGGCAGAGAGUGCCCCUUCUGAGGCCAUGCUGAGACUUCUGCAGAGCGCUUUCAGCAAAAACUCACCCUCAAAGCAAUCACCAAAGAAGCCCCCAAGUGCGAAGCCCAACAUCCCUUACGAAAAUUUCUAUGAAGCCCUGGAAAGGCUGAACAAACCUUCCCAGCUUAAAGACUCUGAGGACAGUCUGUAUAACGACUAUGUUGAUGGCUUCUACAACACGAAACCUUAUAAGCACAGGGACGACCGGCUGCUCCAAGCCCUGGUGGACCUUCUGAGGGAGGAAAAUUAA